UCUCUCCCCAUAAGUUUACUUUGCCCUUUGCGGGAGAUGGGAUUCAGGCUCCGCAAACCCGCCGAGAGACGAGCAGGGACUGGGGGGAGGAAACUUCGCGAACACGCCUAAAACUGCUGAAUUCAGGAUUAUCUGCGGGGUCAUGGACGGUUUCGUCUAGCGGAGUUGACGGCGGUUUCCCGUGUUGCGCGCUUCUGCAGCAGAGCGGACCUCGCAGUGCGACUCCAGGCGGCUCUGAAGGAAACCAUAUCUGGUCAAAGUAUUCGUUGCUGUCACCCAGCGGGACCGUCCGGCUAUAAAUAGCGCUGGAGGAGUACACCCUCUACAUCACCCAGAAGACUUGCCAACCAACCAAACAGUCAGAACAGCCUUAGGUCUCUCUCUUUCCAAGGAGCGCUACAGGCACUUGGCUGCCUUUGCUGAUUUUUUUUUUUUUUUUUUUUUUUUUUUACCCCUCAGCUGGGGGUCAUUGAGAUAUCAUUUUUCCUCAAACCCCAGGGUGUCCCGGGCUCCUGAUCUACUUUUUUAUUUUUUGUGUGUGUGGAGGGGCUAUAGAGGUGUAGUGUCCAUCAUGUCGGUGAUGAGGAAGGAGAUGGAGAAGUACAGGGACAUAGAUGAGGACGAGCUGCUGAAGAAACUCUCUGAGGAAGAGCUGCAGCGGUUAGAGGAUGAAUUAGAGGAGCUGGAUCCUGAUAAUGCAUUGUUACCAGCUGGGAUGCGGCAGAAAGACCAGACUAAGAAAGCUCCGACGGGAACGUUUCAGAGGGAUAACCUUCUGGCCCAUCUGGAGAAACAAGCCAAAGAGCAUCCUGACAGAGAAGACCUGGUGCCCUUCACAGGGGAGAAGAGAGGGAAAGCCUGGGUGCCUAAAAAGAGGGUGGACCCCAUCAUAGAGAAUGUGACUCUGGAGCCAGAGCUAGAAGAAGCCCUUGCUAGUGCUACUGAUGCUGAACUGUGUGAUAUUGCAGCUAUCCUGGGUAUGCACACCCUGAUGAGUAACCAGCAGUACUACGAAGCCCUGGCCAGCAGCACCAUAGUCAACAAGCAAGGCCUCAACAGUGUGAUCCAGUGCACCCAGUAUAAACCUGUCCCUGAUGAGGAGCCCAACUCCACUGACGUAGAAGACACCCUGUUGAGAAUAAAGAGGAAUGACCCUGACCUAGUUGAGGUCAAUCUCAACAACAUCAAGAACAUCCCCAUCCCGACUCUGAAGGCGUACGCUGAGGCUCUGAUAAAGAACACUGUGGUGGAGAGGUUCAGUAUCGUAGGAACCAGAAGCAAUGACCCCGUAGCAUUUGCCCUGGCAGAGAUGUUGAAAGUGAACACGACGCUGAAGAGCCUGAAUGUUGAGUCCAACUUCAUCACAGGGACUGGAAUCCUGGCCCUCAUAGAGUCACUGCAGAAUAACACCACACUACUGGAGCUCAAGAUAGAUAAUCAAAGCCAGCCGUUAGGCAACAAGGUCGAGAUGGAGAUAGCCAGCAUGCUGGAGAAAAACACCACGCUGUUGAAGUUUGGCUACCAUUUCACUCAGCAGGGCCCUCGCCUCCGAGGCUCCAACGCCAUGAUGAACAACAACGACCUGGCCCGGGUCGUCAGGUCAGAGUCGGAUGGCUCCUUCACCCUUACUCUGUCUGUCCCUGAGCUGGAGAGAGCCUUCGGGAAAAAGUUCAAGUCCAAGACUAAUAAGAAAGAGAAGGCUUGAGGGAGGACCCAUCUUCCCUAAGUGUCGGACGAAUGUGUAGAAACCAGGGUUACCUUCAAUCCCCCGUUCCCCCUCGACCCCCAUCGUCUCUCUGGGAACCUCGUCUCAUAAACCCUCCUCAGUCUCACAACCUCUGACGGCCUACCCAGAAGACCAUGACCACCACGUCAGGUUCAGUUUGGAGGAAAUCUCUAAACUCUUUCUGCUUUCUAGACUUUUUUAGUAGAUAUUAGAGGAUCCAAAGGGUUUAAUUAGCAGUGUCCCUCUGAGCUUUAGUGCAUGCAAAAAGUGAGAUUGGUACUAUUUUUUGUGCUCUGAAGUUUGUAUUUUGACUUGGGUUCUUGCAGCUCUUUGUACCAACUAACCAGGCAUUGCUCACUUUGUGAUUUUGAGUCCUUUAAUAUCUCAUAAAGGGUCUAGAUUACACAAUAAAAGGGCUGGAGGUGUGGUUUUGAAUGAGGGCCCAUUUGAAAGGUGACGGGUCACUUUUAGCAAUCCUAUUGAGUUGAAUGAAUUCUAAUUAUUAUUGUGCUGUAAAUGAUUUGUGCUGUCAUUACUGUUGUUCCCAACAGUUUCUGAAGUUGCUUCAAGGUCAACAUACAAGGUAUUUUCUACCAAUUAUAUACCAAAGUCAAUGUCCUAUUUUAAUUUGCCUGACAAAAUAAAAAGCCUGUGAGGAAUACUAUAAUGUCACAUUUUGACCCAGUUGUGAAAAUCUGAUGUUAUAGCCUUUUUCCUGUUUGGUCUAAACAGUAUUUUAGUGACUCGCUCUCCUCAGAUACUAAGCUAUACAGAUUCUUCAGUAACAGACAGAUUUAAAACCUGGCUACUGUGAGAUUUGUUGCUAUAUAUAGAAUAUAUUUAUUUCUGACAGACCUGGGAAAAAGUCCAAAUCCAUUCAAAUACUUUGACAUAACUUGGAUCGAAUGUGCUGGAUAUGUUGCUGUAAAUGAAAAUGCACACUCUAAUUACACUCACUCACAUUACCACUAGCUGGGAAUGACAACUGCCAAUUCAUGUUUUAUUCACUGAAAUCUCCAUGAAACCACCAUAAAAUAUCCUUCAAACAGUCCGUAACUCAAUCUACAAUAAUAACCUAAAGAACCUACAAGUAUUUAAAUGGACUUCUGCCACUCUUUCAACCAGGUCUGGUUUGUUGAUUGUUUGUGUUUGUUUAUUUUUAUUUACUGGAGCUAAAAGAAAAAAAAAGUGUGCUUUAAUAUGAAAUUGUUGGUACUGUUGACUUACUGUUUAUUACAGGUUUCACAUUAAUGCCUCAGUCCAGGUUUGGAGUAUUUCAGUCAUGGAUGUUAGACACAGAUUUAAAAACACAGGCAACCUUGAAUGUCUUUACAGCUGUCAGAUUGUAUACAGAUCCAUUUUGUUUAAAUCAGGAAAUGGUGACAGGCGAGUUGCAGCUUUGAAAUGUUUCUUACGUGUGACAGGUCUUAAAUCAACCUCUGAAUAUCUGAAAUAUGGUAUUACACUCUGAUCUUGGAUUGAUCCUUGAAGAGUUUAUCAUCAAAGGUAAAACAGUGUGUCUGUAAAUACAUGUUAAUGUCCAUGUUACAGACUCCAGCACCCAAAUACAUGUUGGUAAUGAUAAAAGCUGAAAAAAGAAGGUUUUGCUACUGUUCAACCAAGAGCUAAAGCUAAAACAUUGCUGUCUCCAGUCAAAUCUUGUUAUUUUUUGUGUGGAAGUGAAAUGGGUCUGUAUUUCCUGCUCAAAGAAAAUGGACUACCAGUUGCAAACUUGAAGGUAAAACUGCUCCUACCAUCCGUGUCUCCUUGAUGUGAACAACUGUAUCUGAUACUGACACUCAGAGAUUUUUAAAAAACAAGUCUGACCGCAUGUUUAAGGGUUAGAUAACCCAUUUAAUUUAAUUUCAUACAGUAUCACUGCUUUGUUACUUUCUCAUCAGUGCUGUGGGUGUUGUUCAACAGAUGGUAAUUAUGGAUGUAAACAUUUGUAAGACAGUAAGUAAAUGAAUGCUAGAGGGGGCGAGGACUCUGCCCCUGCCACUCACAGUCUUUGUGUGUCCUGUUCUUUUUUUCUGUCAAGUGUUCUCUGAUAUUUUAGUGCUUGACUCUGUGUUUUGUUAGAUAGUUCACCUUGUUUGGUUGAAUUUUUGUUUAUGGGAUAAAUAAAGCUUGAAAAUAACAUUUCCACAA